CGGUGGGUGGUGGAUGAGAGUAAACAGCAUUUAUCGCCAAUGAAUGGCAUAUAGAGUUGAAUUAAGGUGCUGGAGGUGUUUAUAAAUGUUUGGUGCUUCUACUGGUAUUGGUAUCUACAGUUUUCGUGCUAUAAUUAGUUAAUUAAGACCGUUUAUGUUGUGGGCCCCCACGCCUGCCAUACUGUCGUUACAAGAGGCCUUGGGUUGAUUGCAAAGGCCUUGUCUCAUUUCCAUAUUUUAUUAGUGCUUCUAUUCUCCCUUGCCAAGAUGCUGAACCAGUUUCAGACACCAUAUUAAAAAGGGGUCUUGACUUGGACAGCCCUGCAUCACAGUUGUGUGGGAUCAGUAACUUGCGAUGAGGGGGAAUAGUGCUGUCAAAACUGUGAGUCAGUGCAUGUGGUCACUCAGCAGCCAUCAUGGAUCUCGUCACAGCCGAUCUGGGCAGAGAGCCUGCCAACAUUCUGAUGUUGCCUCCUGAACUCCUGGAGGCCAUCAUCAGCUAUCUGUCAUAUGAGACCGCCUCCAACAUCCGGCUGGUGUGCCGCACGUUCGAGCGCGCCAUCCGGCACCGGCUGAACCAGGGCUUCUCGCGCGCCGAGCGGUAUGUGCAACAGGCGCUGAAGCUGUUCCGCGCCCAGCUGCCGCGCCGCGAGUCGGAGCGGCGCGAGCACCCGCUCUCGCGGCGCGUGGAGCACCUGGCCGCCGUCGAGACGCGCCUCGGCUUGCUCAGCAUGACCUACCGCCGCUACAUGGAGAUGGACGCGUGCUGCUUCAUUCCGGGCAAGGUGCUGGACGAAGUGUUCCGGGUGGUGCGCUACCUGAAGGAGGCGCCCUCGGUGGAGCGCUCGUCCUUCACCGUGCUGCAGGAGCUGCGCGACAUCUCCUCCAUGGCCAUGGAGCACUUCGAGGAACACAUCGUGCCCGGCCUGAAGCGGAACGAGGCCCGGCCGCGGCCGCUCUCGCUGCUCAGCCUGUUCUCCGGCGGUGCCAGCAGCGCCGACGGCGGCGCUCCGUCGGGUGAUACCUGGCCCAGCUCGUGCCUGGGCAGCCUGCUCUCCUCGCAGCGCGCCGCCAUCGAGGCUCGCAACAAGAGCAUCAACGUGGUGGAGCACUCUGUGGCCAAGCUCAGCCAGCAGGUGUCGGCCCAGCGGUCCCGCUCCAGCACUCAGGGCCAGUCGCUGACCGAGCUGCGGCAGCAGCUGAACGACCAGGCCGAGAAGCUCUCUGCCCAGGAUCUGCUAAUCGCCGACCUGGCCUCCAAGCUGGGGCGGCUGGAGGAACGGCUGCGCGCGCACACCGGUGACGACGCGGACCCGGACGACGCCAAGCACCGCAAGCGUCCGGCGCGCGGCCCGGCCGGGCCCGCGCUGCCCGCCCCACCCGCCGCCAAGCGCGUCAAGAAGACGUAGCCGUGUCAGUCACGGCUCAGAACCUUAGAAACCCGGCGCAGGGAACUCCCGCGUGCGGGUGAACACUCGGUUCUGCUGUACCGGCUGUGUUGUGCCGUUGGUGGUGGAUAGGGGAUGGCUAUCCAUCGGGCUGCCUGACCGGGGAGGGACAGUGCGGGCUGUUCAGUCUGGUGUGGCAGCUGUGUGCUGGCUCUGGUGACGGAUGUGGACUGACGGUCCACCGUGUGGCUGGAGAGUAGCGCGGGUCACGCUCGGUCCACGGUCGUUAAGUGGCGCCGCUGUCCACUGCCCCGCCGCGGCAGGCGGAACUGCCGUCCGCUGCCCCGCCGCGGCAGGUGGAACUGCCGUCCGCUGCCCCGCCGUGGCAGGUGGAACUGCCGUCCGCUGCCCCGCCGCGGCAGGUGGAACUGCUGUCCGCUGCCCAGCCGCUGCAGGUGGAACUGCUGUCCGCUGCCCCGUCGCUGGCCCGGCUUGGCAGGUUCACGCGAAUCCGCGAUGCUACGAAUUAAUAACUGCGUGAUUGUAUUCUGGUGGUAAUUCUACGCGUGGAGGUUGUUUUCAGCAAGGCUCACGUGCCAACGGGUCGCUGUCUCAAACUGGAUGCAUUCUACCUGCCUUCGAGAUGCAACAUGGUAGAGAUUGAGGAAAUGUGGCGUGGAAUCGUGAUAUUUGUUGCUGCUGGCCCUCACGGACCAGUAUGCACAAGCGUAUUGCCAGCCUCUUUAUACAGCCGUUUGUGAGCUAACCAUGGUCCUGACAUAUGUAGUAUAUAUUACUGUUCGCCGUGUGUAUACUCCCACACAUGAUUGUGUCCUACUAUGUGCGGAUAGUCGGACGCCGCUUGGAUGUUGCAUAAAUAAGGUACGAUUAGCUGCUUAUGGAUCCGUGAGGAAAUAGAUGGUACUUCUCUCA